AUGAUCGACAAUUUCCUCCAUUCCCUUUAUGCCCGUUUAACGGCCAAUAAGAAACAGGAACAUCAAGAUGAGCAGAGGCAGCCCCUUCACAUCGUAGAACUUGUGCGACAAAAAUAUCUCAGCCACCACAAGGCAGGUGAUGGAAGAAACAAGUGGAAAAGUAUUGGUAUUGAGGCUGUCGUUCACUCAUUCAGUUCAAUAAUCGAACUAAAAGCAAAAGGAAUACAUUUCAAGUCUAGCUGUACAUCAUGUUUAACAGACAUUAGCUUCACUUCUACCUUUAGCAAUAGACAACUGACGCUUCCUCCUAUUGUAUCUAGCGAUAAAAUCAAGGUGCUCUUCUUGAACAUGAUGGCCUAUCCAUUGGCUCCUAACACACCAACUGAUUUUGAGAUGUUUGAAAUCAAAUUCAAGAGCACUACAACACCAAUAGCAAGAUGA